AUGGACGAAAUCUUGGGCGAGGACCUCCCCAUCGCGCCGGCGAGGCUCUUUGAACGCCUAUCCCAAGUCCCCAACUAUACGUGGGAUCGCUCGUUCGUGCCAUUCCACACCAGCUACGAUCACUGGCAUGUCUACGGUGUUUUACACAAUCCAGAUGUCGUCAAUCCGCGCGAGUCAGUUAGUACCCUGAACAGCUUUUCCGUCCUGUCCGGCUCGACCAGGAGUUCUCCGAAACUCGAUCCUCAUCGUCCCGCACUCCGACACCAUCACUGGAGUAGUAUUAGCGGUACUUCGACCGACAGUGAGAAUUUAUCCUCCAAAGGGGACCCGGAGCCAAUAUGGAUGCCUGUCGUGGCGCGCAUCAGCACGCACGUGCUGCGUCUGGAAAGAGAGUUCUAUUAUAACCAGGCUAUCGUGAAGGAUGCUGAUCCGGAGUGCGAACAUACCAUACGACCCAUUGAGAUCUUCAAGCUGCCUACUACUCCAGGCGACACCCGUCCUAUCGUCGUGUGUGUAUAUGAAGCUCCGGGGAAAAACUAUCUGCGCGAGGUUCUGGACAUGGGACCAGCGUUCUAUGGUCUCAAUAAUCACAGGAUGAGCGUCGUGGCCGACGGAACUCCCGGCGAGCGGAUACCGCUCCAGGCGUUUCUGGAUUUUGCUGUCGGUGCUGCAGAAACCCUUGAGCUGUUGCACCACGGUGCCAAUAGCGUCCAUGGAGAGGUUCGCUCAGACACUUUCCACUGGAACCGGGAGACAGGGACGGUCAAAUUGGCGAAUGGCGGGAACGGACCCCGAGCAUUCGAAAAUCUGCUAUCCAGUGAGGGUUGGGCUAAUAUGAGCCGAGAGAUCGGCGUCAAGAGUAAACUGCAUUUUAUUGCUCCCGAGCAAACUGGAAGGUUACCCGCGGAGCCUGAUAGUCGCACAGAUAUCUACAGCUUGGGCGUUCUAUUCUGGACACUGCUGACUGGACAGCCCGCCUUUGAUGCAGAAACUCCCAUCGACAUUGUCCAGCGCGUUCUCACGCAUCGCCUUCCUUUGGUCACCGCAGUCCGCAUGGAUGUUCCUGAUGCAAUUGCACAUAUCAUCGCGAAGAUGACCCAGAAGCAGAUGGAUGAACGGUAUCACUCAAUGAGCGGUCUCAGGUAUGACUUAGUACAGAUCCAGAAGUAUCUAGGCGAAGGCGACCAGGAAAAGAUCAAGAACUACAAGGUCGGGCAACGAGACGUCUCAUCCUUCUUCAUCCUCCCCACCAAACAGUUUGGCCGGCACGCCGAGACGGAACGUAUCACCAAGAUUAUUGACAAGGCUCACAAGAGGCACAGCUCGUCUGUCACGAGACCAUCCCCUUCGCAACAUGGCCUCUUGAGUGCUGGGUCCAAUUCAUCCAUUUCAGACAGUCGCAUGGAUGGAGCGGAAGACGCCCCUGGUUCUGACGACUCAAGUUCAUUUGGUUUUCGUGAAUCUCGCAGUAACUCCACCACUAUUGGACUGGAUGGUGCCUACACUCCAGGAUAUGCCAACAAAGCCAAUCUGUUGGGAAAGCGUACCCGCGGCAUCGGCGACCCCAGAAUCACGCCAUUGGAUGUCUUGUCCGACCGAGACAGUAAUUUCUCGGGAGGCUUGCAACCUGCCACUGAUAUGUUACCCGGGAUGAUGACUAGAAGGAGAAAUAGCCACAAAUACAAGCGACGGUCGAAGACAGAAGUCAUUACCAUCCUGGGACCAGCGGGAGUUGGCAAGACUGCUCUGAUCAAGGCCGUACAGCCUGUUAUUCGUCGCCAUGGCUAUUUCGCUCUCGGCAGAUUCGACAGGGCUCGUCCUUCUCCUUUCGAACCCCUGAUCAAGGUUAUGGCCAGUCUCUUCCGACAGAUCUUCUCCGAGAGAGACGUCAACACGCCAUAUCAUGAGCAUCUUCGGGCGCAUGUCACGCCCUUCUGGCCAAUCCUGCAUUCGAUGUUGGAUCUUCCUUCGACACUGCUUGAUGUCACCGUCCUGUCCAAGAAGCUCUUGGUUAAAACAGAUACCGCGAACCAAAGCGUCAACACCGAGGUUCCCACGGUCGAUAGCGGCGCUCCCAAGACGCAUGUAAUUCCACCUCACCACGGCACGUGGGACGCCAACGACUUCCUGCGUGGUCCGGCCAAUACUAAGUCCAUUCGACUCAUCAACACGUACAUGGAUGUCUUACGAACAAUUUGCACAGGAAAGCUGAUCUGUGUCUGCUUGGACGACCUACAAUAUGCGGACAGUGAAUCAAUCGAACUGCUGAUGCAUAUCAUCAAAGCGAAGGUGCCGGCUGUGCUUAUGUUGUCGAGCAGAGUGGAAGAUGGGAAUGUUCCCGAACAGACAGUCAAACUUCUCGAUCUCGACUCUACCAACAAGAUCGAAUUGGCUAAUUUGAGAGAAAGGCACGUCUUUGAAUAUGUUGCAGCAACGAUGUCUCAGCCUGUGGAGACAGUUUUGCCCCUUGCAGCCGUUGUCUACGCCAAGUCAGAAGGCAAUCCGUUCCUGGUCAAGGAUAUUCUCCAAACAUGCUAUCAGCGGAACUGUCUGUGGUAUGACUGGAAAGAAUCAGGCUGGCAGUUUGACCUAGACAAGAUUUUCAAUGAGUUCAGCGCCGAAGGCUGCACCGACAAUGGUUACCUGACCCGCCGGCUGCAAGACUUGCCACCAGCGGCAAGGUCAAUUCUUGCAUGGGCCUCUCUGAUCGGCACGACCUUCUCCUUCAAAUUGAUCCAGUCCAUCGUAACCGGGGAUUUCUUCUACAGCAGCGGAAGAGAUCAAGUACAUGAUGCGACUUGCCCUAAACGUGCCAAGUUAAUCAAUCUGUCGGAGACUGACUGUAUCAAUGGACUUCAACAACUGGUCAACAUGUUCAUCAUAAAUCCAGGGGAGACCGAUGACGAGUUCCGUUUUGCGCACGGGCGAUAUUUGAAAGCGGCGAACGAAAUGCGCGAGUGCCAGAAUACAACCAAGAUGCAUUUCAUCAUUGCGCAAGCCAUGAUGACGUACCUCAGCCAGUGCAAGUAUAAUUUGUACCCUUUGGCACGUCACAUCUGUCUGUCUGCAGAAAUCGUGAAGGAGAGGAUUCCAACACGAAUGCGUUAUCGGGAUGUCCUUUGGCGAGGAGCGCAAAAGGCAAUCGAAACUGGCGCGAAAGCUACCGGCCUCUGGUACUACAAGACCGCGCUCCAAUUGCUGCAAGACGACAAAUGGAACACGGACAAUCCGGAUGUCUUCUAUGAUGAAACCCUCCAACUUCACGUUAAUACCGCUGAAAUCAUGUAUCUUCAAGGAGAGGACGCCGAGGCCCUGGAGCUUCUGAACGAAACAUUCGCUCACGCAAGAUGCUCUGCAGAUAAAACAAGGUCUUAUAUCCUGAAAGGACGUGUGCUGGCUUCUCAGGGGAGAUUCAUGGAUGCAUUCAUGACUCAAAAAGAAUGUCUGGCAGAGCUAGGCCUGGCUCUGCCAGAAGUGACGUGGGAACAGUGCGACGUUGAUUUCAAGAAGCUAGAGCUCCGACUGCAACAACUUGAUAAGGAGGCGCUUCUGACGGCUCCGUUGAGCGAAGACAAAACCAUAAUCGCUCUUGGUACUGUUCUCUCCGAGGCUCUCGGCGCUCUCUACUGGUCGAACGCUUUGCUCUGGUACCAGCUCGUCAUCGCUUAUGUCAACACAAUCCUCGAUCGUGGUGUUUUUGUUCAGGCCGGGGUCGGCUUCACCAUGCUUGGUGCUGCCGCUAUUGGUCGCUUUAAGGAUAUCGAAUUGGGCUUGUCCUAUGGCGAUAUUGCGCAAGAAUUCUACACCAUGUUUGACGAUGCUUGGACACGAGGCAGGGGCUGGACUCUCUACACCCUUUUUAUUGGCCACUACCAGACUCCGGUGCGAAACUUGCUCCCGAUUCUCGAUAGCGCGCUCGAAUAUUCCUUGUCAUCUGGGGACAGGUUUGUCAGCAUCCUGAACAUUGGAGCCAUGGCACUUUCAAGAUUUUGGGCAGGACAGGACCUCGGAGAAGUGGAGGCUUUCUGCAAUUAUGGCCCAGAAGAGUUCGAUGAUUGGGACAGAGAUCGGCGAGGUGGAACACUUCUGACUGUUAUCAGACAGGUCUCGCGGGCCUUGCAAGGAAAGACCAUAGCAGCGGACGCCGCAACUCUUCUCGAUGACGAAGAUCACCAGACCGAGUCAUGGUUGACAGAUUGUGGACUGUAUGCCGCCAAUGCGCAACGCUCUCGCGACAUAUUCCACGCUAUGUCGCUUGUCGCUUAUCAUCUCAUGGGAUAUCACGAGUACGUCGUCAAAAAGGGGAGAGAGUUGAUUUGCGGAAGUCUUGACGAGCUUUGGUCGAAUAGACCCACUUGCGGGACUCGCUUCUACCUCGGCCUGUCUCUCAUUGCGCUUGCAAAAGAGAAGCCUGAAGAGGAGCGUGGACCUUACAUUGAAGAAGCAAAAGAGAUGAAACAAUUCAUCGAUGAUUGGGGAAAGGUCAAUGACGUGAACUACUUUGCCUGGUCCAGGAUACUUGAAGCCGCGAUAUCGGACGUGACGAAAGUGUACUACAACGUCACCUCCAACCUCGAAAUGGCCAUUGACCACUGCCAGGUUCACGGUUUCGCCAUGGAAGAGGCGCUGGCAGUGGAAAUGCAGGCUGACUUCCUACUUUUGCGAGGCGCAAAGAGAGCUGGCAAGGUUAUGAUUCAAGAAGCCAUUGCCGCCUGGAACAGGAUCAACGCGGCCGGGAAAGCUCGACAGCUCCAAGAGAAGCAUGAGUGGCUAAUCAAAACUGCCACCACUUCCAGGACCAUGGACGCCUCUACUCAAACGCAAGACUUGCAUUCAUUGACCGUAGGUGAAGAUGCGCAGAUCCAGAACAAGCGCGAAUAUACAAAUCAAUGGGUGCAACCGAAAUCUGCGGUCGCGACUCAAUCACCCCAGGACGUUCCCGGCUUAGGCCUCGAUAUCCUGGAUUUGACCUCUAUCCUGGAAUUCUCCCGCGUUAUAAGCUCAGAGCUCCAAAUCAACAAUCUUCUAUCCAAGAUGAUUUCAGUCAUCCUGGAAUCCGUUGGUGGGCAAGCAGAAUUCUGCGCAAUCGUUAUCGACUCCGAGGAUCAAGGGUGGUGUGUGGCAGCAAGUGCAGACCACGAGACAGGCGUCAAGACUUACCCGGAUGGUAUUCCUUUCUCGGAGGUCGACGAUCAGGCCGCUCAGCAGAUCACCCAUUAUCUUCUUCGAACUAAAGAAACUGUGUUUGUACACAACGUUCUCGAAGACGAUCGAUUCUCUAAUGUAGGCGACGCCUACUUGGCAAGGAACCCUCAUGGUCGUUCCAUUAUUGCCAUUCCUAUUAUCCAGGCCGAUCAUUUGAUGGGUGUCAUCCAUCUCGAGGGACGGCCGAACGCCUUUACCCAGCGCAACAUGAUCGUUCUCAACCUUCUCACAAACCAAGUCGCCAUCUCACUCGGGAACGCGCUUCUCUACAGGAAGGUUCGCAAAGUUAGCGCGUCGAAUGCCAGCAUGGUCGAGUCUCAGAAGCGGGCCCUCGUGGCAGCACGCGAGGCAGAAGCGAAGGCGAAGAAGGCGGAAGCGGAGGCUAUGCAUAAUGUCAAGUUGAAGGAGGAGGCUGCCAAGGCGAAGUCCAUUUUCCUCGCCAACGUCAGUCACGAACUCCGAACUCCGCUCAACGGUGUGAUCGGUAUGUCCGAAUUGCUGAAGGGUACUCCAUUGAGUAAAGACCAGGAACAGUACGCGGACAGCAUCCGAGUUUGUGCGGAUACAUUACUCACCGUUAUCAACGACAUUCUGGACUUUUCCAAGCUCGAGGCCGGUAAGAUGCAGAUGUUCACGGUUCCUCUGAAUCUGAAAGAGACCAUUACCGAGGUGGUGCGGGCGCUGGCCUAUACCAACCAGGAACAUGGACUCAAGACCGUCGAAGACCUGCAGAUAGACGAUAACUUGGUCCUCGGUGAUCCAGUCCGCCUCCACCAAAUCUUCAUGAAUCUCCUGAGCAAUGCUUACAAGUUCACUCCCAAGGGAUCUGUCACUGUCAGAGCUCGCAAGAAUGCCGAGACGAGAGACAAGGUCAAGAUCACCUGCUCGGUUGCAGAUACUGGUAUCGGUAUCACGCAGGAGCAGCUCACGCGUCUUUUUCAACCUUUCUCGCAAGCUGACUCGUCCACGGCGCGUUCGUACGGGGGCAGCGGCCUUGGUCUCAGUAUCUGCAAGGCCAUGAUUGAAAACGUGCUCGGUGGUAAGAUCUGGAUCGAAUCAACGCCUGGCGUCGGCACCACGGUGUCAUUCACACUUACAUUCCAGAAAGCACCAAAGAACAGCAGCGUGCCCAAUGAAAUCCAAAUCUCCGCCAAGGACCCAGACCCCAUGGCGAAUUUUCCCCGCGAGGAAUUGCGUGUCUGUAUUGCCGAGGAUAACCAGAUCAACAGAAAGAUUGCCAUUUCAUUUGUCAAUAGGCUUGGCUUGAAAUGUGAGGCCUAUGAAGACGGGAAACAAGCUUACGAAGCCUUACAGGCAAAGAGUAAAGAAGGCAAGCCGUUCCACCUGGUGCUGAUGGAUGUUCAGAUGCCUGUUCUGGAUGGAUAUGAAGCGACCAAAGCAAUCAGAGCCGACCCGGAUCCUAACGUAAGUCGAGUUCUGAUUAUUGCGAUGACGGCCUCGGCAAUCCGUGGCGACCGAGAGAAGUGCCUCGAGGCUGGAAUGAACGACUACCUGGCCAAACCAGUCCGGCAGACUGCUCUGAAAGCCAUGCUGGACGAGUAUCUUCACAGAACCAAAGUAGCAGCGGAGAAAUUAGUCAAGAGCCUUGAACCCGCUCCAGCCCCAGUCGAUGGCGUCAACGGUUCGGCAGAAAGCGGUGGCAAAUCACCCAGCUCAGCUACGAACGGCGAAGAGCCACCAAUGAGCCCGGCAGAGAGACCGAAGUUGAGACGCCCGUUCAAGAGAGUGAUGAAGAAAGUCGAAGCCAGCAUUGCUGAGGUGACUGGACAGGCAAACAAAGAAGCCGAGAAUGGUGAAGAUGGGAGGCCUAGUCCUCCGAGUGGCAAAAGGGAAACAGAUGAGCUAGGGAAGAUUACCUCCGAGCAAGUUGCUCCCAAGCCGGUGCUCCACGUCGGUGGUAUGUUAACCACCAAUGGACACGUCAAUGGCGAAGUGAACGGAACAGUCCACGGCGCUGACGAAACGGUGCCGUCGUUAAUAUUGAUGGAACGAUCAGCAAACGCAGAUCCCACGAAAGCGGAACCCUCAUAA